AAAAAAAAAAAAUUCCGAAUAUUAUAAAUAGCCCCCUACCGAACCAAGACUCUCAUACACAAUUUAUUAUUUACCCCCAUUUUUAUUUCUCAUUUUCUUAAAUUUAAAAAUAAAAAAUAAAAAAAUGGGGCACAGUUUGUUAGAUGCGUUGAAUGUGCGUGUGGUGGGUUCCGGCGAGAAAAUCUUAGUUCUAGCGCAUGGAUUCGGCACCGAUCAAUCGGCGUGGCAGCGGAUUCUGCCCUACUUCAUCCGCGACCACCGCGUUGUUCUAUAUGACCUGGUCUGCGCCGGCAGCGUCAACCCUGAUUACUUCGAUUUCCGGCGAUACACCACCCUCGAUGCUUACGUGGACGAUCUCCUCUACAUACUCGACGCCCUCCGAAUCGACCGCUGCACCUACGUCGGCCACUCCGUCUCCGCCACGAUCGGGAUUCUCGCCUCCAUUCGCCGCCCUGAGCUUUUCACUAAGCUCAUCCUCAUCGGCGCCUCUCCUAGGUUUUUGAACGAUAAGAACUACCACGGCGGAUUCGAGCAAGCGGAGAUCGAGAAAUUCUUCUCGGCGAUGGAGGAGAACUACAAGGCGUGGGCGAGCGGAUUCGCGCCGCUGGCGGUGGGGGCGGACGUGCCGGAUGCGGUGAGGGAAUUCAGCCGGACUCUGUUCAACAUGAGGCCGGAUAUAUCGCUGUUCGUUUCACGGACGGUGUUCAACAGCGAUCUCCGGGGAGUGCUAGGGCUCGUGAAGGUGCCGUGCUCCAUCAUCCAGACGGCGAAGGACGUGUCGGUGCCGGCGUCGGUGGCGGUGUACCUGAAGAACCACCUCGGAGGGCGGAGCACUAUCCACAUGUUGAAUAUCGAAGGCCACCUCCCUCAUCUCUCCGCCCCCAAUCUGCUGGCGAUUGAGCUCCGGCGGGCGUUGCCCCGAUGACUCUGAUUUGACAAGGAAAAAAAAAGGGUUUUUCUAACUGAAAAAUUGUGGGAAUAAUGGAGUGACACGUGGAGAAUAAUUGUGGACUAUUUUGUUUUUUUCUUUUUUCCCAAUCAAAGGAGUGAUCUUGUUUUUCCGCUUUAAGGAAAGAGGAUAAGAUAUCCACGUGAAUAUCACGUGAUGAUAUGUCCAUUUUGUCUUUGCUUUAUCUUUUUUAUUUUUAUUUUAUUUUUUCCCCCCACUCAUUGCAUUUGAGCUAUGUUAUAUUUUGGCGUGA